UUUCACUUUCAGUUGUAACGUGACGUUUGGCCAAGUUUCACACAAAACGCACGCCGUGGACAACUUGGUUUUGUUUCUCUAGCUAAAUUAGAAAAGCGCGCAACUUCCGUGGACAAUAUCUUAAAAUUUGUGGUCUCCGAGCUGCCUAGAAUUAGCGAAACCACAUUUAUGUAGUUUGUUGUUGGUUUGUAAAUGUUGUGGGUUUUUGAUAAGAAAAGAAUUUGAAUUUAAUUAAAACAAACAAACGUGAGCCCAGUCAAAGUUCUGUUAAUGAAAUCAUAUGCUAUAGAGUUUUUUUUUUGUCUACCAUUAAUUAAAAGUGUGCAGUCAAAUAACUAAAGAAACGCAACGGGUUUUGUAAAAUUGUUAAGGCAUAUAUGGAAAAGUGCGAUAGCAUAUUAUUUGUUAAGUGAUCGAUAGAAAAUUUCUAAAAAUUGCUCCUCAACUGCAAGUGCUGAAAGUAUUUUAAGAUACCAAAGAAAAACUGCAAAAUUUAUUUAGUUGAGUUGAACAUUUGAAACGAAAGGCUACAGUGGUUUGUUAGUAUUACGCAAAUCAAAGCAACAAGGAGCUGUUACUUCAAUAAAAAAAACAAAGAUAAAGCCAUGAGUUCAAGGAAUUAAGCACAAACACAGCAACCCUGAAGUUACAAGAAACCUAGGAAUUAAGCCUUUAAACUACAACGAAGUGAAACCAAAUCCAUAACAUAUUUUUUUCUUUUUGGGAGAAGACCUUUGAAAACCACUAAAAACACACAACAAAAUGAGCAAAUCGGGAUUCUCUACACUCAACCGAUGGUUGGGGCGUAAAAAUAAAGAAAAAUCCAUGCCUAAUGGCAGUUUAUCCAAAUCUAGCACAAAUCUCUCCAUAUCUUCCACAAAUAUCAAUGAAACUAGUCAACUGGAGUAUAAUCGCAUCACACCAUUGCCAGCUGCCACCACAAAUGCCCCAUUUGAGCAGACAUUUCGCAUAACUGUUCUGCUGCCCAAAGAUCAGCUGUACGUGGCACGUUUGGGUGCCCGUGUGCCGCUGAGUAAACUUUUGGAGUUGGUGUGCGAUAAUAAAUUAUUGGAUUCUGAGAAAUAUGAAUUUAGAAAUCCAGUUGAUUCUAGUCAAGUCUAUAGCUGCGAUUUAACAAUUGGCGCUGUUGGACUCUCCGAAAUACGUUUAUGUCACAAAUCCGAGUCAUACGAUAACUUUAGUACCGAUGAAAUCAUGAAACUGCAACGCACUUCACUUAUACGCGAAUCAUUGACAUCAUCCGAGUUCAGCAGUCGCAAUUCCAAGCAUACAACGAAAACCACUAGUCCUUAUAGUUCUAGCAAUAGUCUGAAUUCUAUGGAUUCCUCGGGUAUACACAGCACCAAGGCAAUGCGUUUGUCGGCAGGACCCCAAGCAAAGAUGGCAGCUCCGCCACGCAAAAAGCGAGCAGCUCCCAGGCCUCCAAGUCAGGCUGUCAUACCCGAAAAGAGUCCCCUCAUCACAGAGAAUGGUAAUGGUGGAGCGAGAGAAAGUCCAGCUCCCAGCAGCCCGGUAAACGGUAACAUGGAGGCCAAAGAUUUUUCGGUAUCCACCCCCGAUUUAUCAUCGCACAGUGAUAUUAAUGGCAAUGAUUGUAAUGGUCAUAUGCAGGAUAUUAAGGAGACGUCGCAAGCCGAGGCCAAUGGUUACUCCGACGAUACGGUACUUUAUGCCCAAGUACAAAAGAAAAAUGCCUUGAAUUUGAACAGCACAAGUGUGGAAAAUUUGACUGCCUCAUCACCGACGCCAUCAUCGCUGGGGGGAGAGAGCAGCAAAUUUCCGGAACCUUCACCGCGCAAACGGGUAGUACCUGCACCGAAAAAGAAAAUGGUGGCCCCUCCAGCCCCACAACCCAGGGGAUCCACUUAUAGUGAUGAUAGCGUUUCCAUAGGUUCGGCCAAUUUAUCCUCUGAGCCUUCCACUCCGGUGGCUUUGACUACCCCAGUGCAAGAAUUUAAGGCGCCUUCGCCUCAACCCGCCCAAAGGCAACAGUCAAGAGAGGAUAUGGCUGCAGCACCAGAUGUGCCAAAACCCCAGCCACGCAUAACCACCACUACGCUGCUGAAUGCCACAGAUUUAAAGGCAGACCUGAAGAAUUUGGAAAGUCACACCGCAGAGAAGAGGGAGGAGAGUAACAAUGAGGAGAAGCAAAAAGUGGUUAGCAAUGUCUCCAAAGUCAUGUUGAAUCGCACUCCCACUCCAGAGCCUCGUUCGCUGUCCUGCGAACCUCCCGACAUCGAUGUCUGCUAUGAAACCCAAUUGGAAAAUCUAAAGUCCCCCAUAGAAGAUGACAAUGUUUCCAAGCAAGCAGAUUCGGGCAUAGGCGAACCUGUGCCCUCGCCCAUACCCGAUAGUCUGCCCUCAGAGGUAUCCAUACAUGAUGUCAAAUCGAAUUUCGAGUCCUCCUCGGAUGAUGAUGACAUGGUCAAGGUCUACAAUUUCAAGUUGGGCAAGACUCUGGUGAAGCCCCUCAACGAAACCAAAACCCUGGAAGAGCUGACCAUAAUGAACGAUGUGCAGGAGGAGACUGACAGUGAUUUAAAUACACCCAACUUGACACAGGUCAAUUCAUCGAAUGCCCCCUCAGAGACCUCUUCAUGGAAUUUUGCCAUACCCAUAUCACCUCCUCCCAAUUUUGCGGAUAAUAAAUUCUCCGAAGCCUUUGUGGAGGCCGAAAAACAAGAGCAAGAAAAUCCCAUUACACCAAAGAUUAUGGAAAGACCCAUCUUGAAUUUUGAAGUGCUGAAGCAGGAGGAUCAAACAAAAGCCAAAUCGAAAAGUGUCAGCACCCCAUCAACGGUUACACCCAGUACACCCUUGGACAGUAUAGUGGGGGAAUUGUCAGCCAUUAUACAGGAGAAGGGUUUGGACACCUUGAUCAAGAAAUCCGAGGAGAGCCAAGAAAUUGAGGCAGCCAAACCCAAUACACUGACAAAUUUCACCAUUAACUCUGUCAGCAGGGCCACUCUUACCAAGCCCAAAGAAGUUCAGAAUGAAGUUGUCCAAGCCAAGCAGGAAGUGGAGACUUCCCCACCCUCACCCUUGGAUUCACCCACUAAUGCUCCCGACGAAGAGAAAUUGUAUCGCAAACGCAACAGUGUCACAGGCCUUAAGCAAAGGCGUUCCAUUACCCGUUCCGAUUCCUUCCAUACCACAGCCAUAGCUACAGAGAAUACCAGUUCCUCUGGAACUCUGACCAAAAGAACCUCUUCGCAAAUAUCUUUGGAUCAAAUGGCCAAUGGCAAUCUUAACCGUCGACGCUCCUCCAGUGAAUUGAGCAUUGGAGAAUCACCCUCUCUGCAGAGUUUGGAGGUCAUGAAAACCAUACUCAAUGCCCGCAAAAAUAGUCUACCCCACAGUGGUGAAGAGGAGGAGGAGGAGGUGAAUACGAGAAGGCCUUCGGAGGAGAUCAAAUUUGCCAGCCUGGAGCUGAAAAAUAAAAUGGCCUUGGAGAAAAGUCCCAAUCCCAGGCAAGGGGAAGAGGAGGUGGAGGCAAAAAAAUUGGAAUCUAAAGAAAACAUCAAAAAACUUUGGCAAAACAGAGCCAAUACAGAGAUAGAGGAAUACAACAAAAAUGUGGCUAAAAGCUUUAAUGAGAAAGAAAGCCCCAAACAGCAGACAAGAAAUGAAACCCCAACAACAGAAGAUAAUCCAAAAGCUUUUAAGAAGGAGGAGGAAACCGAUGAAAUCACUCAGCUACGAAGGAAGGAGAUUCCUGUCGAAGAAAAACCAAAAGAAUUGCCCAGGGUAUAUCGCUAUUCUGGUCCACCCAGCAUAAAUUUCUCCACCUGGAGUGAAAGACCCAAGGUGCAGGUGGCCAUCAAAAAUGAGGGCGACUAUAUCUUUGGAGGCAAGUCCAUUGAAAACAAGGCCAUUGAAAACAAAACAGUGCCUCGUAGCUAUCGCAUGUCCACCCCACUCAAUUUCAAUGAACCAACCACACAAGAAUCCAAAGUUUUGCCUUCUGUGGCUCCCAAGCCGGCGACAAUAAAACGCAUGGGUAUACCCGAAAAGGAAUUUAAGGUACCAGUUAUGGUGAAACCCAUUAAGGAUGUCAUCGUUGAAAGUACUCAUGAACAGAAAACCAAAGUAACCGCAAAUGGUGAAGAGCAGAAUCCAAAAACUCCUGCAACCCCAAGUGAAACUGCGAAACCCAUGCUCCAAGUAGCUGCAAAACCUCAGAGCCCUGUUCUACACAAGCCACCCACUCCUGUUAAAGUCAUAUCAAAUGGAGGUCAAAGACUAUCGCUGCAUAGACCCACCAUUGAAUCGGUACUCAAACCUCAAACUCAAACCAUAGUCAAUACACAUACCCAUAACUCUACACUACCGCGUACCAAUAAACGCUUCUCCACUUCCCUAUCCACCACCUCCAACACCACAAGCAUCACAAAUGGCGCACAAACUUCAGCAACUCCAAUAACGCCAGGACCACAGCUUUUACGCUCUACCUCUACAAAGCGCGAGGAAAGGGAAACCAAAUCCAUGUUCAUACCAAAUGAGGCCCCUUCUGCGCCAGCACCAUUUGGCCAAAAUACUUUGAGACGCACUGGCUUCAAAGAGAAAAUCAUGGCCAAAGAUGAGGAGGAGCAACAAAAAGCCAUAAGCACUAGCUCUAUAUCCUUAGCAAAGACACCAACCACAAAUGCCACCACACCCAGCAAAGCUUUAACAAAUGGUGAAUUGAAAUUCACCACGGCGGCGAAGUUUGAAAAGAAGCCUACAAACACAAUAACAGCAACAACAACAACAACGAGUGCCAAAUUACAUUUAAAUUUGCAAAAAUCCACAUCGAUUACAGUCACCAACAGCAGCAGCAGCAGCAUCAUCACACCUCCCACACCUUCGCUUAAGCCAAAACCCCAUACACCAAAAACUGCCCCGAUACUGGCGACAGCAUCCCAACCGCCCCCACCUCCACCGCCUGCAAUGGCCUACAAAUUAAAACCUGUGACUGCAGUGCGGACACCCACAGCCUCAGAAGAUCCCAGAGAUCAGUUACUGGCAGCUAUUCGGAACUUCAAAAAGGAUGAACUAAAGAGAGCGUAAAAUAUUAACAAAAACAACUUUCUUAAAAUUCAACACUCUAGUGAAUAUUGGUUCUAAACCAAGCUUUCUUCUUUACAAUAAUUUAUGAUUUAAAAAUCUGUUUUAGCAACUUAAGUCACAAACUAAUUUAAUUUAAUAUAUAUUUAGCUAAUAGAAAAUACAUAGGCGAUUCUUAUUUCUUUGUAAAGUGGAAAAACCCAAGCAAAAUUUUCAAAAAAAAAAAAACAACCAUAUGAUAUGUUUGAUAUAUAAAUAAUAUAUUGUUUAUGUAGUUUUUAAGUUUAUUAAAUUCUGUUAAUGUCAACUUUAACCCUCUACAAUAGGUAUCUGGUCUUUAUUAAUUCUAUCUAUAAUAUAUUUUUUCUAUUUAAAGAAAACGAUUUUAUGUGAGUGUGCUCUCCAAUGAAAGUUUUUAACUUUCAUUCUGGUUGAGUUGGCCACAUUGUUAAUAAGUGUAAAAUAUUAUUAUAAUUAUUAUUAUUUUUAUUGC